AUGGGACUAGCAUCAAUAUAUCUUAGCGAAAUUGCUCCAAUAAAUCUGCGUGGAGCGAUAGGGUGUAUGUCCAAUGUCUUCCUCUAUACAGGCUUUCUUUUCGCGUUGGUUGUUGGCCUGCCUUUUAUGUUGGGAGAUGAGGAAAAUUGGCAUUUAAUAUUUCUACUUUCCUACAUACCUGUAAGUGUUCAAUUAACCUUGUUGGGCUUCUUCUGUCCCGAAUCACCCAAGUACUCCUACAUUGUUCAUGGAAAUUUUAUGGAAGCUGAGAGGAGUCUGCAAUUGCUUAGAGGAAGGAAUGAUGUAAAAGAAGAAAUGGAUAUGCUAGACAAAGAAGCAUCCACAGCCAGAUCAACUUCACACCAAAAAAUUGGUUUUUGCCAAAUGCUAGAAAAAAAGUAUUUACGUUGGUCACUCUAUUUGGGCAUUUAUUUAGUCUUUUCUGUCCAAACGAGUGGAAGUGCUCCAGAUGCACAAUUAGCAACAUGUGGAAUUGGUGUUGUUAACGUUCUCUCAAUUCUUGCUUGUGUCUAUUUGGUUCAACAUCCAAGUAUUGGCCGUCGUCUAUUAUUCUUAACAUGUACUGCUGGUUGUUGUAUAUCUACUGCAUUAAUUGGAAUCACUAUAAUUAUCGCCGAGAAAGGCAAUGUUGAAGCUAAUAUAACAACAACAGAAACUACUACAACUUUUACCACUACUAUAGCUACAACAAUUGCCUCUUCUAAUGCUUCAGGAGGAAGUCUUGCUGCUUAUCUCAGUAUUGUCUUCAUUGCGGUUUAUGUCGUCUUCUUCUCUAUUGGAUUUGGAGCAAUAACCGAAACAUAUUUGAGCGACCUUUUCCCUUCGGAGGCCCGCGCCGCUGGUUGUAGUGCCUCAACCUUGGCCUCUCUUCUAUUCCGACUGGUUGUACUCUUUAGCUUUCCGAUGCUUAAGGUGAAUGAUUUUUCAGGCCAAAAUAAAUUUUCUUUUCAGAAAUUAAUCGGCCCUUCUGUCUUCUUCACCUAUUCUGCCUGCCAACUAUUCUGUUCUAUAUUUGGAUUCAUUAUUUUGCCGGAGACUAAAAAUAAAGAACCUGAACGGAUUUUGAGGGAUAUUAAAAGGAGAAGGAUGAGUGUUACUUCUAGGUGUUGUUGUAAAAUGUGAAUUUGAUUCUGUAUAUUCGGUGCUUUAUUGUUAUAAUGUACAAAAACCAUUGUUGUA